ACAGAAUGGCUCCAGUGAACCAGCCAAAGGACAAGAAGCAUGAGAGAGCACAUGAGCAGUGGCCGGAAGAGGCCAAAUCAGCUGGGAAGAGGAAAGCGGACUACAAGGAACUAGGGAGUGAGCCACAAGCAAAGAGGUUGUUUGUGAGAAAAACAUCCAAACCCCCUGAGAAAAUCGGUUGGAACGGAGGUGGGUCCGUGGUGAGAAGCAACAGAGUCCUGUUCCAUCAGCUGGAGCGGCAGUGCAGCAUUGUUCAUUACGUCUACCAGAACAUGCUGGGAGGCUCCAUUCGGGCACAGCUCAGGCAGUGUCUGCAGCUGCCCUUUCUGCGUUCUCUUGCCUCGUACCGCCUCUUUCGAACAGCAAGUCCCUUUGACAGGAGAGUGACAUGCCUGGAAUGGCAUCCAACACACCCCAGCACUGUCGCUGUUGGUUCCAAAGGUGGAGACAUCAUCCUUUGGGACUAUGAAGUACUUACUAAAACCUGCUUCAUAAAAGGGAAAGGGCCAGGAGAUUCUCUCGGAGACAUGAAGUUCAGUCCUUAUGAGGCAGUGAAGCUUUAUGUGGCAUCAGGGGAUGGCACCCUGAGUCUGCAGGACCUUGAGGGCAGAGCGGUGCAGACGAUCUCCCGUGCCCCAGACUGUGGCCAUGAGCACCAUAAUGUUUGUUGCUGGUACUGCAGCGUUGAUGUUUCUGCCAGCUGCCGUGCGGUGGUGACAGGGGAUAAUCUGGGAAACGUGGUGCUGCUCAGCACUUCUGGUGAAGAGAUUUGGAAGCUGAAAUUGCACAGGAAGAAAGUGACUCAUGUAGAGUUUAACUCCCGAUGUGAGUGGUUGUUGGCCACAGCAUCUGUGGAUCAGACAGUCAAAAUCUGGGACCUCAGAAAUAUCAAAAACAAAACGAAUUUUCUUCAUGUGCUUCCUCAUGACAAACCUGUCAAUGCAGCUUACUUCAGCCCAACAGAUGGUGCCAAGCUCCUGAGCACAGACCAGCGCAGUGAAAUCAGGGUUUACUCAUCUUCAGACUGGACCAAACCACAGCACCUGAUCCCACAUCCUCAUCGGCAGUUUCAGCACCUCACACCUAUUAAGGCAACGUGGCAUCCUCGCUAUGACCUCAUUGUAGCAGGUCGCUACCCAGACCCCAAGUUCCCAGGCUACACGGUGAACGAGCUACGAACUGUUGAUGUAUUCGAUGGAAACACUGGGGAGAUGGUUUGUCAACUUUAUGAUCCAAAUGCUUCUGGCAUCAUCUCGCUCAAUAAAUUUAACCCUAUGGGAGACACGCUGGCUUCUGGCAUGGGCUUUAAUAUUCUGAUCUGGAGCCGGGAGGAGAUGGUUGCCAAGAAGCAAGAACAUCUUUUGAAAGCCAUGACAGAACAAGGGAUUGGAAGCUGGAGUUUGUCCAGACGUGGAGGUCAAAGGCAGGCAAACCCUGGGACAAGCAAACUCAAAGCUAACUUACUGUCUUGGGAGCUGGAGGAGAUGAGAACAAAAAGCAACAAUUCUAAAUCACAGGGAAGGAAGCAAAAAGGGAAGGAUCUGGAGAAGUGAUUUAGUGUUUUGAUCCUCUCUGGAUCCCAGGGUACAAAUUCACUGUUGGCAAUGGGCAGUAUAAGCCGUGCAGGGCAUUAGACUUCUACUUUGUCCUUUCUCCCUGGGUCUGAUCUUGCUUUCCUGACUCCCUUUGCUUC